UGUAACUUGAAAAGUGGCGGUGUGACGGUGCGCGCCGACCGGAGCGCCGAAAAAAGCAACCAGUAUACCGUAACUCGCGCGCAUAGGGUAGUAAUGUGUGAGUGUGAUUAGUGCGUGCAGUGUGCGUUGGUAAAAUUCUCGCGAAUAUUUUCGUAAAUUUUGGAAGAGCGAAAAAUUUGAGUGAUUGAGCGUUGGGUGGGGGAGAGAGUCGAAAACGUGUGACGGUCGCGUAGCAUGUGUCUGCAUAAUUGAUAAAAUCCUGCGGGCGAGCGGCGGCGGCGCGCAGCCGGAGCGCCACCACCACCACUACCACUACCACCUCACACCCCCACUCUCAUCAGGCGGUAGUCGCGACGCGCGCGCGACGACUCGUGUGCGGCCCGGCGUACGCGCUGCGACAAGAUGGAAGUUGCAGUCUGAGAGGGAAAAUGGCGAUCGCACCAUCCGAGGUACGCGGCCUCCUCCUCGUCCGGCCGGGGGUGCGGGCUCGCGCGUGAACUAACUCUCCCCAUCGCGUCUCUCACUCGUCAUGCCCCCGGAGCGCGACCGAGGACAGCAACGCGAGUGUGACUCUCCCGAACGGCAUGUGCUCUGCCCCCGCCGCAGCCGCAGCCUGCCCUGGUAUUCUGCGACGACGUUGUGCACGACAACUAGCAAUAAAUGAAGACUAAUAUCCCACAUGAUUUUUCAAGGACAUACAUUCAUAACAAAGAAAGUUGAUGGUAUCGUGGGGGCCUAGGCGCGAGGAGAUAUGUCCGACAUCUCUGAUUCAUUGUCCGAGGAGGAACGCAGUCUAUUCCGUCCAUUUACGCGCGAGUCGCUUGCGGCCAUCGAAACGCGAAUCGCCGACGAAGAUGCCAAACUUAAGGAGCUCGAAAAGAAGAGAGCUGAAGGAGAGACCGGUUUUGGACGGAAGAAAAAGAAAAAAGAAAUUCGGUAUGACGACGACGACGAAGAUGAAGGCCCCCAGCCAGACCAGCAGUUGGAGCAGGGGGUGCCACUACCGGUUCGGCUACACGGCAGCUUCCCCCCGGAACUCGCGAGCACACCACUCGAGGACAUCGACCCUUUUUAUAGUAGUAACCAGAGGACUUUUGUAGUUAUCAGUAAAGGCAAAGACAUAUUCAGAUUUAGCGCGACAAAUGCUCUUUGGAUACUCGAUCCAUUCAAUCCUAUUCGCCGGGUAGCUAUUUAUAUUCUUGUACAUCCGCUGUUCUCUCUCUUCAUCAUCACCACGAUCCUUACCAACUGCAUUCUUAUGAUUAUGCCCACAACGCCCACCGUAGAGUCGACAGAGGUUAUUUUCACCGGCAUCUACACGUUCGAAUCCGCCGUGAAAGUGAUGGCGAGAGGUUUUAUUCUUCAACCAUUCACCUACCUUAGAGAUGCAUGGAACUGGCUCGACUUCGUAGUCAUAGCUUUAGCUUAUGUAACAAUGGGAAUAGACCUCGGAAACCUCGCUGCCUUGAGAACCUUUAGGGUACUUCGUGCACUCAAAACAGUUGCCAUUGUGCCAGGUUUGAAAACAAUCGUGGGGGCCGUAAUAGAAUCUGUAAAAAAUCUCCGAGAUGUGAUAAUUUUAACGAUGUUUUCGCUUUCCGUUUUCGCGCUGAUGGGUUUACAAAUUUACAUGGGUGUUCUCACCCAGAAGUGUAUAAAGAAUUUUCCAAAGGACGGCUCCUGGGGCAACCUCACGGAUGACAAUUGGUUUAGACACAUGAGUAAUGAAACUAACUGGUAUACAGAUGAUCUGGGGAUACCUCUAUGCGGAAACUCCUCUGGUGCUGGACAAUGCAAACCGGGUUACACGUGCCUGCAGGGUUUCGGUCCUAAUCCCAACUACGGCUACACCAGCUUCGACACGUUUGGCUGGGCGUUCCUCUCCGCCUUCCGGCUGAUGACCCAGGACUACUGGGAGAACCUCUACCAACUGGUGCUACGCUCCGCUGGACCCUGGCACAUGCUCUUCUUCAUCGUCAUCAUUUUCCUCGGCUCCUUCUAUCUGGUCAACUUGAUCCUCGCCAUUGUAGCGAUGUCCUACGAUGAGCUGCAGAAGAAGGCCGAGGAGGAGGAAGCCGCCGAAGAAGAAGCCAUCAGGGAAGCGGAAGAAGCGGCACAGGCGAAGCUGGCUCGGGCGGAGGCGCACGCGGCCGCCCGCGCUGCCGCCGCCGAGUCACCGCAUCUGCCGCCAGACGGAGGAGGUGGGACAGAAAUCGUAAAGUCGCCCUCGGAAUUCUCCUGUCAUAGCUACGAACUAUUUGUAGGUCAGGAAAAGGGACACGACGACAACAACAAAGAGAAGAUGAGCAUCCGAUCGGAGGGGCUUGAUUCCGUGAGUGAGCAAAGAAGAGUUCCUACAAAUUCCAACAACACGCGGAAAGUCAGCACUACCAGCCUCAGUCUACCCGGCUCGCCGUUCAACCUGCGGCGCGGCUCCCGAGGCAGCCAUCAGUUCACGCGGAACAAUCGGCGCAUGGUGGUGCCGCCCGGCGGUGACCGCAAACCGCUGGUGCUCUCCACGUAUCUGGAUGCCCAGGAACACCUGCCUUACGCGGACGACUCCAACGCCGUGACGCCGAUGAGCGAGGAAAAUGGUGCUAUGGUAGUGCCCAUGUACUACACAAACUUAGGCUCGCGACAUUCGUCGUACACGUCGCACGCGUCCCGAAUGUCCUACACAUCACACGGAGACCUCCUCGGAGGUCUAGGCGGCAACGGUAAGAUGCCCAUGACAAAGGAGAGCCAACUCCGUGUGAGGUCCAUGCGCAACGGCCCGAACCCGCCGAACAACAUCGUCGAAUACUCGCACAAAGCGCACCGAGGAGACUACGACGGACCCACCGGGGCGAUGGUCGAGGAGAAAUUCAAGCACUUAGACAAUCCAUUCAUCGACAACGGACAAAAGCAAACCAUGGUCGAUAUGAAAGAUGUGAUGGUCCUUAACGACAUCAUCGAGCAAGCUGCCGGGCGACAGAGCGGCGACGGCGAACACGGAGUUUCCACUUAUUAUUUCUCAGCGAACAACGAGGACGAAGAAGACGAGCCCACGCUCAAGGAGAAGUUCCUCGAAUGGUUGUUGAAGGUCAUCGACAUUCUCUGCGUGUGGGACUGUUGCUGGUUGUGGCUGCAACUGCAGAAAUACGUCGCGUUGAUUGUGUUCGAUCCGUUCGUCGAACUCUUCAUCACGCUGUGCAUUGUCGUGAACACACUCUUCAUGGCGCUGGACCAUCACGAUAUGGAUAAAGAUCUAGAGAAGGCUUUGAAGAGUGGCAAUUACUUCUUUACAGCGACGUUCAUGAUUGAGGCGACCAUGAAGCUGAUCGCGAUGAGUCCCAAGUACUACUUCCAGGAGGGAUGGAACAUCUUCGACUUUAUCAUCGUCGCGCUCUCCUUGUUGGAGCUCGGCCUCGAGGGUGUGCAAGGUCUGUCAGUGUUGCGUUCCUUCCGGUUGCUCAGAGUGUUCAAACUGGCGAAAUCGUGGCCCACGUUGAAUUUGCUUAUAUCGAUCAUGGGCAGGACUAUGGGCGCGUUGGGUAACUUGACGUUCGUGUUGUGUAUUAUCAUCUUCAUCUUCGCCGUGAUGGGGAUGCAAUUGUUUGGCAAAAACUACAUAGACAAUAUGGACCGGUUUCUGGACCAGGACCUUCCUCGUUGGAACUUUACCGAUUUCAUGCACUCGUUUAUGAUCGUCUUUCGAGUCCUGUGCGGAGAAUGGAUUGAAUCAAUGUGGGACUGCAUGCUGGUGGGCGACGUGUCGUGCAUUCCAUUUUUUCUCGCGACGGUCGUCAUUGGUAAUCUUGUGGUUCUUAACCUUUUCUUGGCCCUGCUUUUGAGCAACUUCGGUUCAUCCAACCUGUCCGCACCAGCUGCGGACAACGACACCAACAAGAUCGCCGAAGCCUUCGACCGCAUCGGACGCUUUAGCGCAUGGAUCAAGUCCAGCAUACGUAACCUGUUCAAAAUGCUGCGGUUCAAGCUCACCAAUCAGAUAUCCGACCAGCCGUCAGAUGCGUGGGUCUCGUCAUGGUCAAAAUUUAGCGACGCGUGCCACCAUCAUGCGCGAGAUGGCGGACUUGAGUUAUCCGGCGAUGAGAUCCUCGCCGAUGGCAUCAUGUUCCGCGACAAGAAGAGUCCCAAAGACCGCCUGGAGGUGACCAUUGGGGACGGCAUGGAGUUCACCAUACACGGCGACUCCAAUACGAAUCUGAAGCGAGGCAAGAACAACAUCAACAAGAACAAAAUCGGCAACUCUAUUCUUGAUCAUGGAACUUAUAUAGGUCAUCUCGACGAUGACCAGAUCAGUAACAAGUCCUACGGCAGUCACAAGCAUCGCUUCAAGGACGACAGCCAUCGCUGUUCGGCGGAUACCAUCGAUCAGGACGAACACGAAGAGAAGCGAGACGCGAGUAAGGAAGAAUUAGGAAUUGAGGAGGAUGUUGAGGAGGAGGAGUGCGAUUGUCAAGGCCCACUUGGGGAGCAGUUGAUUGUGGUAGCUGCGGAUGAAGAGUUGAUUGAACAAUCAGCAGACUGCUUCCCAGAGGGUUUCUAUAAGACAUUCCCGUUUCUUGCUGGUGAUGACGAUUCGCCAUUCUGGCAAGGCUGGGGUAAUCUAAGGUUCAAGACCUUUGAGCUGAUAGAGAAUAAAUAUUUCGAAACGGCUGUCAUCACGAUGAUCCUGUUGAGUAGUAUGGCGCUGGCGUUGGAAGACGUCCAUCUUCAACAUCGGCCUAUACUGCAAGAUAUCUUAUACUACAUGGAUCGGAUCUUUACGGUGAUCUUCUUCUUUGAGAUGUUGAUCAAGUGGUUGGCGCUUGGGUUCCAGAAGUACUUUACCAACGCGUGGUGCUGGUUGGAUUUCGUUAUUGUCAUGGUGUCUUUGAUUAACUUCAUCGCGUCACUGUGUGGGGCGGGUGGUAUUCAAGCGUUCAAAACCAUGAGGACCCUGAGAGCGUUGAGGCCUUUGCGUGCCAUGUCCAGAAUGCAGGGCAUGAGGGUUGUUGUAAAUGCAUUGGUACAGGCCAUUCCGUCUAUCUUCAACGUGUUGCUUGUGUGCUUGAUCUUCUGGCUGAUUUUCGCUAUCAUGGGAGUACAGCUCUUCGCCGGCAAGUACUUCAAAUGUGUGGAUAAGAACAAGACUACUCUCAGCUUCGAGAUUAUACCCGAUUACAACGCCUGUGUUGCGGAGAACUACACGUGGGAGAACUCUCCGAUGAACUUUGACCAUGUGGGCAAGGCGUAUCUGUGCCUCUUUCAGGUCGCCACCUUCAAAGGGUGGAUUCAAAUCAUGAAUGACGCAAUUGACUCCAGAGAGGCUUUGAAACAACCCAUUCGAGAAACCAACAUCUACAUGUACCUGUACUUUGUGUUCUUCAUCAUCUUCGGAUCGUUCUUCACGCUGAAUUUGUUCAUCGGUGUCAUCAUCGACAACUUUAACGAACAAAAGAAAAAGGCGGGUGGGUCCCUAGAGAUGUUCAUGACAGAAGAUCAGAAGAAGUACUACAAUGCCAUGAAAAAGAUGGGUUCCAAAAAGCCGAUGAAAGCAACACCAAGACCAAAGUGGAGACCACAGGCGAUCGUGUUCGAAAUCGUGACGAAUAAAAAGUUUGACAUGUUCAUCAUGUUGUUCAUCGGUCUGAACAUGCUGACGAUGACCAUGGACCACUAUCAGCAGAAGGAGACGUUCACAAUGGUUUUAGACUACCUCAAUAGUAUUUUCAUUGUAAUAUUCAGCUCGGAGUGCCUGAUGAAGAUAUUUGCGUUGCGAUACCAUUACUUCACGGAGCCGUGGAACCUCUUCGACGUGGUGGUCGUUAUAUUAUCCAUUUGCAGUUUGGUCCUGAGUGACCUUAUUGAAAAGUACUUUGUCUCGCCCACAUUGCUGCGAGUCGUGCGCGUGGCGAAAGUGGGUCGAGUGCUUCGGCUCGUCAAGGGCGCGAAGGGCAUCCGAACACUGUUGUUCGCCCUCGCCAUGUCACUGCCUGCACUGUUCAAUAUCUGCCUGCUGCUCUUCUUGGUUAUGUUCAUCUUCGCCAUCUUCGGCAUGUCGUUCUUCAUGCACGUCAAAGACAAGAGUGGGCUGGACGACGUCUACAACUUCAAGACGUUCGGCCAGUCGAUGAUCCUAUUGUUUCAAAUGUCCACGUCAGCAGGCUGGGACGGUGUGCUUGAUGGGAUCAUCAACGAGGACGACUGUAAGCAGCCGAACAACGAGAUCGGCGAAACGGGGAACUGCGGCAACGCGACGAUCGGCAUCGCGUUCCUGCUGGCCUACCUGGUGAUCUCCUUCCUGAUCGUCAUCAACAUGUACAUCGCUGUCAUCCUCGAGAACUACUCGCAGGCGACCGAGGACGUGCAGGAGGGUCUCACCGACGACGACUACGACAUGUACUACGAGAUCUGGCAGCAGUUCGACCCGGACGGCACGCAGUACAUCCGCUACGACCAGCUGUCGGACUUCCUCGACGUGCUGGAGCCGCCGCUGCAGAUCCACAAGCCCAACAAAUACAAGAUCGUGUCGAUGGACAUUCCGAUCUGCAAGGGCGAUCUAAUGUUUUGUGUCGACAUCCUCGACGCGCUCACGAAGGACUUCUUCGCGCGCAAGGGCAACGCGAUCGAGGAGACGGGCGAGCUGGCCGAGGUGUCGGGCCGGCCCAACGAGGUUGGCUACGAGCCGGUUAGCUCGACGCUGUGGCGGCAGCGCGAGGAAUACUGCGCGCGGCUGAUACAGAACGCGUGGCGUAAGCACAAGCGGACGCGUGGUGGCGGCGCCACCGACACCGACGAAGGUGCCGACGACGACGUCGAGCCGGAUAUCGACGGUGGUGCUGGUGGUGGUAAUGGUAGUGGUGGCGGCGGCGGGGACGGCGAUGUAGACGGCGACGCCGACAGCGAGACGGGCAGCGCCGCCCGCCAAACGGCCGUGCUCGUUGAGAGCGACGGCUUCGUCAUCAAGAACGGGCACAAGGUGGUGCUACACAGCCGCACGCCCAGCCUUAGUUCGCGCUCCGCAGAUGUCUGAGACCGGCCCCGCCCCUCCCCGGCCGCGGACUAGCCGCCGGACUAGUCCGGGCCACGCCGGCGCACAGCGAGGCCACGCCAUCGACACGCCCGUCGUCCACACUCUGCCGUGUACAUCGAAUCAGGACCGGGCGUGUCCACACGCGGCCUCGCCCACACACUCAAACGCGCCGCGCGCCGAAUGCAAAAGUUUGUGCUGAGUAGUUUGAUGGAGAAGGUAUCCUAAUAUCAACUGCUUUGCUGCUCAUAUUGCUAUUAAUAUCGCACAUAUGUAUAGACCUGUAAUAUAUCAAUUAUAUAAUAAUAGUUUUAUGAACAGUGCGUACUGUGCCCGAAGAUCCGACUGCGACUGCGCGAAUCGCGAAUCGCGGCCGCAUUACCCAGAAUGCAAUCGCGAUUCCCAAAACCGGAAGCGGGUCACAUCUAGGGACACUACUCGAAGCUGGUUGAUGUAAUUUGAGAAAAAAAAAAUGAUGAAAACAGUUAAAAUUCCUAAACAUAAUUACUUAGUCUUCGACUUGUCAUUGACGAUGAUAACAAAAAAAUACAAAAUACAGCAAACAACCGGCCAACAACGCAUUCAGUCUGCCUGUAGUCUGUCUGAGCGGAGUGCACAGUUCCCAAGUGCCUCCAAUUAGCUGUAAUCGCUGAAUAACCUAAGUUACGACACUAACAAAGACUGCAGGUCAGGAAUUGCGUCUCAAAAAAAAACAAACAAACAAAAAAUGAUAUCAAGAGCGGGCCCCGCGGUAAAUCAAUGAACAAUCAUUUAACAAACAACAAGAAAAACGCAAACAACAAAUACAACAAUUCGACUAUACAUAAAAUAUCACGUAUUAAAACCAAAAAAAAAAACUAACAAGAUUAUCGGUGCUUUCUUCAAUUGCUAAUAUUCAAGCUAUCUUCACAUGCUGUAUGGACUGCAUUUAGGGGAGGGGCGAAAGGGUAAACAAAGAGAGAAAAAAUAAUACAAAACAAAUUUGCAAAUUGUACACAAUUUUUUGUAUGCCUCGUACAAUAUUAUCUAUAGUAAGUUUAGUAUGUGUGACAUUUUUUAUCGGCACGUACGGUUGAAUCUAAACAAACAAAUAAUCAUAAACUAAUUAUAAAUGAUGAUGAAACAUGGUGGUGAAAAAUGAAAUAAAACGAACAAUAAACGCGUGGCGAAAAUAUUUUGCACACACUGUCGGAUGCAAACAUAGAUUUCGUCGCUGGUUCUAUUCUAGCAAAGACAAACAAAACAAAAGAAAAAAAAUUAAUUAUUAACUAAACGCGCUUGUUUUGCUUUUUUCAUUAGUGUGAGAAAUACAAUUCGCAACAACAAACACCCAAAUUAUUCAACAUUUAGGAAAGAUGGUGAAUUUUUUUGUUGAGUAGAAUAAUCGAGUGAUGAUGAUGAUGAUGAUUGAUGAUGGAUGAAAAUUUAAUGAGAAUAUUUUAUUAACAAAGAAUGCCUACUUUAUUAUAUAGUUGUAAUCAUCAUAUAUUGUUACUUAUUAGUUGAACACGACUUGUUGCUAUAUGUUUAAUUGACAUUGACAUGGCUGGACCAUUGCGCUGAUGAAAUACAUUUGGAAUUUGCGAGUAUAUCGAAGCAAACACACUUUCACACAAAUACACACUGCUGCUGCAUGAAUUUUUGACUCUAAAAAUGUCACUCAUACCUUAAUAUCUAAUAAAAAGCAAGAAAAUAUACGAGAAACUACAAAUGACUCGCAUUUCCAUCCAAUGAAAUUCAUUGCGUUCGUUAUACUCAAAACAAAACAACCAAGAUGAAAAAGCAGAACAAAACAACACACAAAUAUUAUUGUUAAAUUUUAUAUAAAUGUUGCGGAAUCCAGAAGUGUUAGUAGAAAUUAUGUAUAUCGCCACCAAAACAAACAAAAAAUUACCAAAAAAAAUAAUACGCUGGACGAUGUGAUGAUUGAGAUUCAUGCGCGUGUGGCACGCGCACAGCGUCUGAGCAUGCGCAUGCGGCUGGAGCGUUAUUCCCAGACGCACCAGCCGCACGCUCAAUAUUUUAGACACGUGCGCGCGCGCAUGCGCAACAUAAGGCUUAGACGCUACAAAACAAAAAGCGAUUUUGACAUAUUUCAUUGAUUUGAUUAAUAAAUAAAUAAAUAUUAUUAUACAUUAAUAAAAUAUAUUAUACAUACGAAGAUAUCAUCAUUUCACACACACAGACAUUCACAUUCACACUUAAAACACAUUUAACGCGCACAAAAUAUACUCGAAUAACCUAUAACCCAACGACCUAACCUAAAACUAUAAAUCAAGUGACGUCUCUUUAAAUUCAAGUGCUUGAGUGCUCUAAAAAUAAUUAAAGACUAAACACAUUAAUCAUUAACCUAACCUAACCUUAACCGGUAAGACGUUUUUGUGCACUAGUGAUGUUUUUCUCUAUAAUUUCUAGCAACUAAUUAGACGAUAUGGAAACAUUGGUGCUUUGAUAAUUAAUAAAUAAUUAAUAAUUGGUGGCGAUAUAAUUAUUAAUUAUUACUAAUACUGUUUGAUUAUGUUGGAAUAUUUUUAGUUGUGUCUCUGCUGCAAUACAAGCGCCAUCUAUCGACGAUUGUGUUUAGCGUGUGUUGAACUAUUACGAUAUGAAUAAUUAUUACAUAAUUAAACUACGAUUAACAAUUAAAACGCAUUAAAAGCACGUGAUUUAAAUGAAAACCAAAUAAGAAGCUUUUUAUAUGUUGCUCGUAAGGCGGAUGUGCGCGCGCAUACACACAUUUUUUGACAAACCAAAACUCAUUCAUGUAAUAUAUAAGAAUAUUAUUACCAAAAGAAAACAAAAAAAACAACAUAAACAUAUAUACAUAUAGUUUUUCUAAGCAAUUGUUGUUAUUUUUAGGAGGUAGCCAUUGAAAAACUUACUGAUUAAGAUUUAGUUUGUAAGCUUUGCGGAAACAUUAAAGCGAUCUCGAUUAAAAUAAUCUCAACAUCCUUGAUGACAUCCCCAUGACAACCAUUCAUCAAUAUUCAGUUUCUGUCAGUUUCUAUCAAAUUUCUACACACGUCGCAUAAAUUUUUCACUUUGCACCAUGAAGACCGUAAUGGCGUUCAUGAAUAAGCACUUUGAGUUAUGGCCGCUGAGCGCAGUGGUAGGUGUCGCUCUCGGCGGAUUAGCCGGGUUCAUCGGCUGGAGCUGUGUGAAGAAAGAUUUCAUCAUCACACGCGGACGAUUUCCAUGGGAUAAUCUCGACCUACUCGCGCAUCCAUACAGCAGGAAGCUGCGGCAGUUCAAUGAGGACUAUGAUCAACUCACUGAGCUGGACCAGCUCUACAAGGACAUGGAUAAUCGACAGCGGCAACGCGAUAAGAGACGCAAGUCAAAGAACGAUGACUGCGCAUAAAUUUUUAAGCGUGCCAUGGUUAAUCGCAUAAACAAAAUUACUUUACAUGUCAAUUAUUAAAUUAAAUGAUUAAAUUUGUUCGUAGAUAAAUUUGUGUUGAAUUUUUAAAAAAAUAUUUUUUCGGAUUGUGAAAUUUUUGUUAAAAUGAAACCGCAUGGAAUGUCAUGGUUGUACUUCUGCAAGAAACAUUAUGAAUUAUGGCCGUUGUUCACGGUUGUUGGUAUCGCCAUGGGCGGGAUGACGAGUUUCAUCUUCUGGAGUAUAUUUAAGAAAGACGUGUUGUGGAUACGCGGUAAACAUUCAUGGGAUAAACGUGAUUUACUCCGACAUCCAUACUGCCGCAAGAUUUUACACUUCAAUGAAGAGUUUGACACACUCACUGAGAUGGACUGCAUCUACAAGGAGAUGGAUAAAGCUGAAAGAGAGUUACACAGACGUCGAAAAGAAGAUAAAUGCUAGAAAUUUUAAUCAAAAUUCCUAAAAAUUGAUUUACACCAAGAAAAAGAUGCAAAUACUUGAAUAAAAGUUAUAACAUGUUUAUUAUCAUCAA